UCACCUGAUUCUUCUCUUCUUUGAUGACAGAUUGUGUAAUUGUAAUUUGGGUGCAAGAGUCCAAAUAGGAAGUGGUUCAACUACAGCUGAUCGGUCGACAAUGGCUGCAAUACUUCAUAUAGGACUGCACGGGAAAAGGAUGUGUAGAAGAAAAUGCAUGUGGAUGAAAAUGAGGCGGCACAGGGUGUUCUUAUUGUGCACGGUAGGCCUGUGCGUCAUCUCCUUCCUCCACUACUACAAGGCCAUCCUCUACGUCUCCGUGCUGCGCGAGCUCUCCGCUCCGUACCCCAACAUCAAGUCCUUCAUCAUGGUCACCGGCUUCUUCUGGAGGGAGAAAGGUGUGGCCACCACCCCUCUGAGCCCCGCCUUCCAAGAAGAGGCCCAGCCCCCACAAAUUAUUCGCCAGUUGCCAGAUGUUAAUGGAGGUGGUGAAGGAGAGAUGGGGAAUGAAAUCAUGAUUGGCGAGGCUGGGAAUGUUGGCAACGUAGGACUGAGAGAGGAGCUGGCACCCCCUCAGUCCUGGGAGGAACCAGAGGAGAAUCAGAUGGGAGACACUCAGGAGAGAGCUGAAGACCAGUUGAAGCGGAACGCCAGCCACAAAGUUCAACCUGCCGGGCCUCACCUCCCUGAGGGCCCGGUUACCAGAAAAAAGCCCAAGGUGGUGAUCCCCAUUCAUCACUUGCCUGAUCCCGAAGAAUCCAUGGGAGACCUCCAUACCCGCACUCAUAAGCUUGAGGAGGACAAAACGUCUUACUUCUUUAAAACUGAAAAUGGCUGGUGCUUUAAGCAGGGGACAAAGGAGUACCUUCAGAAAGGGGCCAAUGAAGCUGCAGAAGGUCCUCAAGCUGGGGCUGCUGUGCAACGGAAGCCUCUGGAAUUAAAGCAGGACAAAGGGGAUCAACUGUUUAAGUGUAUGUGUCGGCCAGGAUGGCACGGCCCACACUGCGGGGUUCCCACCAUGGUGUACCACUCCAAUCUGCCCAAUAAGGAUAAGCUGAGACCCAGAAAGCGCCCACGAAGGGUGAUAAAUGCAAUCAACGUUAACCAUGAGUUUGACCUGCUACACGUACGCUUUAACGAACUCGCUCCAGCCGUUGAUCUGUUCCUUGUAUGUGAAUCCAACUUCACUGCCUAUGGAGACAAACGGCCUCUGAGUUUCCUGCGGCUUCUUCUCAAUGGUACGUACAACUACGUACGUCACAAGAUCCUGUACGUGUUCCUCAACCACUUCCCAGAGGGUGGCCGACAGGACGGCUGGAUCGCUGAUGAUUACCUGCGUACCUUCUUGACACGCAAUGGCAUGUCCAGAGUGGUGGGCGUCAGGCCGGACGACGUCUUCAUCAUCAACGAUGCCGAUGAAAUCCCAGCACAUGAGGGCAUCCUGUUCCUCAAACUGUUCGAUGGCUGGACAGAACCUUUCGCCAUCCACAUGCGAAAGUCACUGUAUGGAUUCUUCUGGAAGCAGUUUGGUUCUCUAGAGGUGGUUUCCGGCAGCACAGUGGGGAUGCUCUACAAUGUCUAUGAUGGUGAUGGCAUCAAACUGCGCCGUCGAGAAUACUACACCAUGCCGGGCUUUCGCAAGUACAAAAAUAUGACAGACAAUGGUGUGAUGCAGUGGUCGUUGGGCAGCCCCUUCCAUUUUGCCGGGUGGCACUGCUCCUGGUGCUUCACACCAGACGGGAUCCACCUCAAACUGGUGUCAGCGCAGAAUGGAGACUUUCCACGAUGGGGUGACUAUGAAGAAAAGCGAAGCCUCAAGUACAUCCGCAAGCUAAUCCAGACAGGGGGGUGGUUUGAUGGUUCCCUGCAGGAAUAUCCCCCCGUGGACCCCAAGGAGCACAUGUAUGCCCCCAAACACAUGCUAGAGAAUUAUGACAGGUACCGCUACCUCUUGGAGAACCCUUACAGUUUACCAAAGUCUGGGAAAUAGUUAGUGAAACUAGUAGGGCCUGUGUGAGUUUGGGGGG